AUGCCGAAGCCUGAUAUAACACGAAUCGCCAUAGUCGGCGCUGGUAUAGGUGGAUUGUCUGCAGCAUUAUCCCUACGCCGUCUUCCGAAUGUAGAUGUUCAGGUGUUUGAACAGACGCAUAUACUGCGAGAGGUCGGAGCAUCCAUCGCCUUGGGUCCCAAUGGUCUUCGUGGUCUGGAAGAAAUGGGUGCACUGAAUGCUAUCUCCGACGAGAUAGCGUUCCGCAGUGAUCAUGGCUUUCCAAUGGUUUAUAGACACUGGAAAACCGGCAACGUUCUCGUCAAAGACGAGCAUUCCCCUUUCGUCACUGAACGACGCCAUCACACUGCGAGAUACUUCCGCCCUCAUCUCCAACAAGCAAUUGCAGAUACCAUUCCUGGGGAUACGAUUCAUUUAGGCAAACGCCUCCUUUCUAUCGAUGUUAGCUGGUUUCCAGAAGAUGAGCAGCAGCCUGCCUCGGAGGGUGUACUUUUGACUUUCGCAGACGGCUCUGAGCACGUUGCUGAUUUGGUUAUUGGUGCGGAUGGGGUACACUCGACACUCCGCUCCCUUUUUCUUCCAGAUUACAAGCUAGAACCCACCGGUCAGAUGGCGUUACGAGCUGUUUUCGACGAGGCACAUAUACACGACCUCAUCUCCAGGAAUCCGGAAAUCAGGAAUUCGGUACAUGUUGUUGGACCGGAUAGGAAUUUCUUUUCGUCGAUGUUGGGUAAAGGCAAGUUUACCAUCGUCGGGCUGGGGUAUCAUUCCGCAGAAGAAGAAGAAGAAGGAAAGAAAUGGGACGACGUGGUCGACCUGGAAUCAUUUCGGAACGAGUACAAGGAUUGGAAUCCCUGGAUAACCGAUCUACUUGACCGUAUCCCUCCUAACUCACUUCGAGUGCACCCGGGAUGGGCAUCGAAUCAAGUCCCCCCACCUAUCCACGCAGGUCGUAUCGUUCUACUCGGUGAUGCCUUUCACCCUCACGGCGGCGCAUUGGCUGCAGGAGGAUCACUUGCCAUUGACGAUUCCAUCGCAUUGUUUCUCGCUCUCCAACAUGUCCAACAAUCAUCGACACCAUUUACAUCGUCUUCGUUCUCGUCCGACGUUCCUUCGAACUCAAGAUCCAUUGAAGCUUCCGCUAGAAGACGACUUUCGACUUCCGAGUUAUCACACGCGCUGGAUCUGUACGCAUCGACCCGUUUACCACAUGCAAGUAGAGUUUUUAAUGUAGUUGAACGGAUGCGGGAAAAUGUAGCAAAGCCAGGAAGGUUAUGGGAUGAGGAAAAGAUACAGGAAUGGGCGAGGGAUAAGAAGGAAGUCGUCUGGCUUCACGAACAUGACGUUCACAGAGCUUUUGUGGAUGCUCUCAAUUCUGAGCAUAUCUCAUAG